UGAUGACCCCGCCAUUUUAAUUUAGAGAAGAGAUGUCUGAAAAACAAUCAGGGAUCAAUUCUUAGCCAAAAUCUCGCUUGAAACGAUGUUUCCCAAGAAGAAACAGCGAAAUCUUCGCAGGAGAAAUGACUCGGAAGAGUCUGAUGAAAACAAAGAGCUGCAAAUCCCGGGUCUAGGCGACUUGCCGAUGGUGGAAACGCAAGGCCCCGGGUCUGGGGCCAGCUCGCCUGGCAGCACGCAUGGCGGCGUGCAAAGCAAGAAGGAGAAGUGGAACAAAAAGGCGGACAAAAUGGCAACUCCGGGGAAAAAGGCUCCCAGUCUGCUCAGUUUCGACGAAGAAGAAGGCUGUGAAACGGAGAUGUUCCGGGUGAAAAAGUCCAGCCAUAGCAAACGGGUCGCCAACAAGCUGAAGAAGGAGUGGAAGGAAGAACAAAUGAGGAAAGAAAAAGAGGAGAAAGAGAAGAAGGUGAACACGCAGGUGUCCCUAGGUGAGUACACCUCCGAGAAGCUGCAGUCCUUACGAGAUGCUCAGAACACGCUGGUCAGUCUGGACAACGGGCAGGAGAAAAAGGAGAAGGAGGAAGAGGCAGGAGAGGAAGGGAAGAAGGAGGAGAAGUUCAAACCCAGUAUCAGGGCAGGUGUGAUCCCAGACGCUGCGACCAUCCACGCGGCGCGGAAGCGUCGGCAGAUGAUGCGUGAGAUGGGCGGGGAGGACUUCAUCCCGGUGGACGACACGCAGCGGUUCCAGGGCGAGAAAUCCCGCCUGGUGCGCGAAGACGAGAACGACAGGAGCGACAGCGAGGAGGAGAGGAUCGACUUCCGCGGAGCCAACCCCACACGGACCCGCAGGGAGGACAUCAUGGAGGUGCUGGAAGGCAGUGACAGUGAGGAGGGAGAGCGGGACCAGGAUGAGGAAGUGAAGAGGUGGGAGCAGGAGCAGAUCAGGAAGGGAGUCAGCAUCCCACAGGUCCAGACCACCCAGCCUCAGCAGGACUAUAACUACUACCAGCAGCAGUACAUGUACCAGCAGCCUCCCGUGUACAUGGGUACCCCCCAGCCGGUGGUACAGCCCUAUAGUGGAGGGUACAACCUCCCCUCCAUCCCCCCCAGCUCAGGCCAAAUGGUACCUCCCAGUCAGCUGCCAGCGGUCACACUGGAGUCUGUAAAGGACCGACUGAGGGACAGGUUGGAUUCCCUGAAGCAGGUACACUCGGCCCACCAGCGCGAGCACGAAAAACACGCCCACGACAUGGACUCCUCCGUUAACGCGGUCGAUGACAUCGAGGGGUCGGCAGACGACGUCGAGCGACAGUUCACGUUCUUCCAAGAGAUGAGGGGGUAUGUGAGAGACUUGGUAGAAUGUCUAAAUGAGAAGGUGCCCAAAAUCGACCAAUUGGAGACGGCCAUGCACAUGUUGCUACGGCAACGGGCGGAGAGGUUUGUACAGCGUCGACAGGACGACACGAAAGAUGAGAGUGAGGAGCAGAUGAACAAAACCAACAAGGCGGCCGGCAGUCUGGACACGCUGGGCAGAGACUCUCCAGGCUUUGCUGAGGUCAAGAAGAGAAGAAUAGCUGAGAGGGAGGCGCGAAGGUCGAGACGUCGGCGUGCCAGGCAGGCGGUGGACCCCCCCACCCCCCACCACGAGGGCAUGUCCAGUGAUGAGGAGGAACAGGAGACAGACAUUCUCAGGUUUAACUCAGAAAAAGAUCGGAUCGUGACAGAGGCGGGGAAAGUGUUUGAGGAUGUGGUGGAUGAUUUCUGCACCUUCCGAGCCAUCAAGACCAAGUUCGAGAGGUGGAAGUACGACUUUGGAGAGCCGUACAACGAAGCCUACAUCUCACUCUGUCUUCCCAAACUCUUCACACCGUUUGUAAGACUGGAGCUGCUUACAUGGAACCCACUACAGGCGAAUGCACAAGACUUAGAAGACAUGGCUUGGUACGACUCGUUGCUGUUUUACGGUUUCCGAGAGACGACCCAGCUCACCAAGGAUGACCCGGACGUGAAGCUCCUGCCUAGCAUAGUAGAAAAAGUGGUACUGCAGAAACUGACUGGCCUUGCUGAACAUGUGUGGGACCCGAUGUCCACACACCAGACCCAGAGGUUGGUGACCCUGGUACAGAGGCUGGUGGACGACUACCCCACCGUUGCCGGGGACAACAAGGCCACGCAGGCACUGCUCAGGGCCGUGCUCGGCAGGAUGAGGAAAACUCUGGACGACGAUGUCUUCAUGCCGCUCUAUCCUAAAGGGGUGUUGGAGAACAAGUCUUCUGGAGCGUACUACUUCCUACAGAGACAGUUCUGGAGCUGUGUGAAGUUGCUAGGUAACAUGCUGCAGUGGCACAGUAUCCUGUCCCGGGAGCCUCUGAUGGAGCUGUGUGUGGAUGGGCUGCUCAACAGGUACAUGCUCCUCGCCCUGCAGAACUCUGACGUUAACGACGACAGCAUCGAGAAGAGCCAGAAGAUAAUUUCCAGUUUCCCCCGGCAGUGGUUUGCUGAUGUGGAGGGUGACGAAACGCUGCCUCCCUUACAGAACCUGGCCCGCUACCUCAGCCACUCUGCAAACACCCUGCACAAGAACAGCAUCGGCUGUCCGGACAUAGACAGGAGAAAAGCAAGGGAGAACAUAAAGCAGGUGGCAAAGCUGCUGGUACAGAUCCAUGCCUUGGACCACGCCUUGCAGGUCGCCAGAGAACACAGCCUCAAGGACCUCAAACAGAUCGUGGUCGGCCGGUAGCACAGGGUUACCGCUAGGAUAGCAUGCCCUAUGGGUACAUGUAGUCAGGGAACAUGGGCUAUCAGGGCUCCAAAUACCACCUGCAUAUGCAGGAUAGUACACUUAAAAUUGCAGGUAUUUCGAGCCCUCACUAUGAAAAGAGUCCUAUGUGUAAAGUUUACACUACUAGUCUCCUUGUGGUCUUCUAACAUGCAUCUAGGAAGUUAUGAAGCAAAUUCUUUCCAGAAAUACCCAGUAGCAGAAUUGAUUGAUCGCAGAUACUUGUAGGUAUGCCUGAAUUGGGGAUGGGGGGGGGGGACCUGGUCAGAUUAUACUGAAGGUGGGAGUCACUUUGAAGAAAUCUGUCUCCAUCAUAUGUGAAAUCUAAAUUGACAGUCAUACUUGUAUAGGACAAUUUGGAACAGAAAUGGCCAUACUAACAAACUUCCAAUGUAAUUUUGCUACUCCUUAUUCUUGCAUAAAAACUGUACAUGUAUGUGAUUGGAAAAAAAAACACAGAUACAUACCUCCUGUAAAAACUGUACAAGUACAUAGUGGUGCAGUCUCUCUGCUAGCAGUCAGUAAAAAAAUACUGUCCUAAUAUGAUGUCUUUUCAGCUUUGUACAUUGUACUAUAGACUAGUGAUCAUCUUCAUGACGAAAUUUCUGCUUUGAUCAACAUUUCCUUGAAAUUGGCUAGCAAACACUAAAAAAAGAAUACAUCAUGAUUUUUAGCACAUCAUAAUCAUGUCUGUAGAUGAGUAUUGUAUAGACUGAGUGAGGAACUGUGAACAUUGUACAUACAGAGAAGAACUGUGAAAGUCUGGUGAAGGUCUACUGUCAUAAAAGUCAAAUAAAACAUUUUUUGCAGAGAAAA